GGAGGUGCGCGGAGCCGUCGUACUACUUUUCCGUUGGAGUUAAGAAGUUCACGGUGGAUUCGAAGUGCAGUCUCUGCCGGGUCAGGGUCCCAGACUGACUAAGGGGAGGAAGCUCCUGGGAAACGAAUGAAGAAACACCUCUUACUACUCUUCACGUACAGGGGUCUUGUCAGAAAAGGAAAAAAGAGCAAAAGACGAAAAUGGCCAAUUUUAUCAUACGAUCCGCAAUUCCCGGUGACUGUAAAGACAUCUUGCGACUCAUAAAGGAACUUGCAAAAUAUGAAGAAAUGGAGAACCAAGUAGUUCUAACAGAGAAAGAUUUACUCGAAGAUGGGUUUGGUGAGCACCCGUUCUACCACUGUCUUGUAGCCGAGGUACCGAAGGACAACCAGACUGCUGAUGGAUACAAUAUUGUUGGGUUUGCGAUGUAUUACUUCACAUAUGACCCAUGGAUUGGAAAACUUCUUUAUCUUGAAGAUUUCUUUGUGAUGGAUGAGUUCAGAGGAUUUGGCAUCGGUUCAGAGGUGUUCAAGCACCUUAGUCAGAUCGCUGUGAAGUGUCGCUGCAGUAGCAUGCACUUCCUGGUUGCCGAAUGGAAUGAGCCAUCCAUAAAGUUCUACAAGAGACGUGGAGCUUCUGAUCUGUCUACAGAAGAAGGGUGGCGCCUUUUCAAAAUUGAUAAAGAGUACCUCUGCAAGAUGGCAUCUGAAGAGUGAAGAUCCUUUGUGGAACAGCCGAUUGUUAAAAAAUAAAGUUUCCCUUUUUAUGCUUAUGAUUCAGUAGAGUAUGUGCAUGAUCACUAAUUUUAAAGCUUUAACAGUUGCAUUGUAACUUGAGAUUUAUCACUUUUAUUCCAGUUUUUGUUUUCUUAAAGUUAAUUUGGCUCAAUAAUUGUGAAAGACCUUAACUCCUACAGUUCCUUCAACCAGAGAUCCUCAGGUGUGUGUAUAUAUGUAACUUCAUUCUUGUAAGUCAUUUGAUUGUGUACAAUGUACAUACUGGUGUGUAGGGUUUUUGUAUAACUUGUUUUUACAAAUUAAAGAGCAGCAUGCUGUUAA